AUGGUUCUACAAAGGAUAUUCCGGGCGGUUAUCGUGGGACCUCCGGGCUCGGGGAAAGGCACUGUGUCGGGGCGCAUAGUAAAACGUUUCGGAUUAAUGCACCUUUCAAGUGGGGACCUUUUGAGGGCCAACAUGAAAGCCAAGACAGGUAAGAUUAGAUCAGGGUGCAGUUCUAAACCUCUCCACAUACGCAGAUAACGGAAAUGGCUGCUAUGGCUGAUGAUGAAAUUCUGCAGAAUUUGAAGUAAUGCAUAAUGCCUUAGAUAGUUUCCUCGAUGUAGUCAGAUUGAUCCAAUUUGUUUGUGUUAGGUCUUUCUCAUGCAUGACCGCAGCAGUUGUCACAUUAGAUAGGAUAUAUGUUGCUAUCACGUUCUUAAGUUUGUGUGAUUGGCUAUUAUAGGGUUACUUUCAAGAACCCUAAUCAAUAAUCAUUCAUAAAUCAAAAUGAAUAUGAAUAUAUGGUUUAAAUCGGCAAUCAAUAGUAGAAACAAUAACAAAGCGUUUUAUCGCCCCUGUUUCAGUAAAAAGCUGAGGGAUUGGGGCUGGAGAAUUUUAACCAAGAGCUGUGGAUGCAGCUAGCCUUUUGGGGGCCCUAAGGCGAAUAAUUGUUUUGUUUGUUUUAAAGUAAGGUUCCUGCAAUUCUACACAUUUUGCCAUGGGGGUAGAGACAAUGUUGGAGUUUUCUGCAUUUUGGCAUGGGGCAGAGAGACAUUUGAGCAGUUUAAAGCUAUUUUUCUGAAAUUCUACACAUUUUGCCAUGGGGGUAGAGACAAUGUUUGAGUUUUCUGCAUUUUGGCAUGGGGCGGAGAGAAAUUUGAGCAGUUUAAAGCUAUUUUUCUGAAAUUCUACACAUUUUGCCAUGACUUAUGCCAUGUUAAUAUGAUAUCUGAGUGAAUGUGACAAUCAAUGGGGGCCCCCUGGAGGUCAGGCCCUGGGAACGUGCCCUUUUUUGUCACUGGCAAUACCCCAUAAUAUACAGAUACAGUAUAUACCCCAUAAUAUAUACCAUAUAAUGUAAAAAAUAAUGCCAAAAUGUCAAUGUCAAAGUGGAAUGAUGUCUUUUGAAAUUUGAAUGAAUUAAUACAAAAGGAAAAGCUGAAAUGUCUUGAGUCAAUAAGUAUUCAACCCCUUUGUUACGGCAAGCCUAAUUAAGUUCACAAUAGCCCAUAAUGUCAAAGUGGAAUUAUGUUUUCAAUUUUUUUAUGAAUUAAUUAAAAAUGAAAAGCUGAAAUGUCUUGAGUCAAUAAGUAUUCAACCCCUUUGUUAUGGAAGCCUAAAUAAGUUCAGGAGUAAACAUUUGCAUAACAAGUCUCAUAAUAAGUUACUCUGUGUGCAAUAAUAGUGUUUAACAGGAUUUUUGAAUGACUGCCUCAUCUCUGUACCCCACACAUACAAUUAUCUGUAAGGUCCCUCAGUCGAGCAGUGAACACAGAUUCAACCACAAAGACCAGGGAGGUUUUCCAAUGCCUCGCAAAGAAGUGCACUUAUUGGUAGAUGGGUAAGAAAAAAAUAAAGCAGACAUGGCGGUGGCUGCAUCAUGUUAUGGGUAUGCUUGUCACUAGGGAGGUUUUUAUGAUAAAAAGAAACAGAAUAGAGCUAAUCAGGCAAAAUCCUAGAGGAAAAGCUGGUUCAGUCUGCUUUCCAACAGACAAAUUCACCUUUCAGCAGGACAAUAACCUAAAACACAAGGCCAAAUAUACACUGGAGUUGCUUACCAAGACGACAUUGAAUGUUCCUGAGUGGCCUAGUUACAGUUUUGACCUAAAUCAGCUUGGAAAUCUAUGGCAAGACCUGAAAAUGUUUGUCUGGAAAUGAUCAACAACCAAUUUGACAGAGCUUGAAGAAUUUUGGAAAGAAUAAUGGGAAAAUGUUGCACAAUCCAGGUGUGGAAAGCUCUUAGAGACUUGCCCAGAAAGACUCACAGCUGUAAUUGCUGCUAAAGGUGAUUCUAACAUGUAUUGACUCAGGGGUUUGAAUGCUUAUCUAAUCAAGAUAUAUUAGUGUUUUAUUUGUAAUCUUUUUUUAACGAAUGUUAAACAUUUUCUUUCACAUUCAAGUAUUUUGUGUAGAUUGUUGACAAAAAAUCACAAUUACAUCAAUUUGAAUCCCACUUUGUAACACAACAAAAUGUGGAAAAAGUCAAGGGGUGUGAAUACUUUCUAAAGACACUGUAUAUGGGUCUUUCUAUAAAUAAUGGGGCCAAUUUGUGACAUUGGGAUCAACAUUUCAAAAUGGUUUGAAACAAAAAUAGUAUUUUCAUGCAGUUCCACAUGUGAGAAUAAUGUGGAUAUUGUUUUGCCUGACUAAAUAGAUUGUGUGCAUGCAUGGCGAUUUUUCUGUAGGCUAUGUGGCCGACUCAGCCAUAAAUAGUGAUAGCAUUAAUCUCACCGUUUGAAUCUCACCAUUGCUGUUUUUGUAAUGAGAAAGUGACCAAAAACCAGGUUCCUUUUUUAAUGGAAUGAUUUUUUUAAAGCCAAGUUGAAGCCAACAUUAGAUGUUGUCGUCCUCAUAAUAACCGCACAUGGAUUUACCGCAACAGAGUAGUGCAACACCCUUCAAUUAAGCGUCGGGACACAAACGAAAGUGGCCAAAUCACUUACAAAAACGGAUCAAAAAUGUAAUCGCGGAUCAUUAUAAGGGAGCAGGAGAACUUAUACAUUGGCUACAAUAAUUACAAUAACUUUUCAAGCACCAAAUUGAGGAAAUGUCUGAUUUUCAAGGUAGGCCUAUUCCAGUACUUGAAUUUUUGAGCUCCAAAUUCAAGUUCAAGUAGGCUACUUCAAGCCCCUUGUGUUGUUUAAAAUUGCAGGUCUAACAUGGAAAACAAAAUGUAUUUGUCAUGUUAUUUCAUUACCAGAUCAUAUUGUGAAUAAGCCCACUAGGCUAUGUAAUUUGUUGUCAUAAUAUCCAGAAUAGUUAAUAGGAAUAGCGCUGGGUGUUGCGCAGUAGUCUUUCCUACACAAUUGUGCACAGUAGACUCUGUGUCCAAUCUGAAGCACAAAAACAUAUGAAAACAUGAACUCAUUACCUUGAUGCUUUCUCUGUUAAAUCUUACAAGACCCUGCUGUAAAUCAAGCAGACAAUAACAGAUGAUCAACAUCAAUUCGCUAGGGAUAUUGUGCAUUGAAGUCCACAAGCGAAGGGAAAAGGUGAGAGGAGGAGAGCGCAUAGACGUGAGAAGGAAUACAACUUGGCUGCUAUGAAAGUGAACUGUGUUUACGCGUGAUCAGGGGUGUAUUCAUUCCGCCAAUUCUGUUGAAAAACAUUUCUUUAAUGGAAGCAAACGGAACAAAACGGAUAAUAAUUGUUGAAAUAAUAAGCUUCACUGUGCAGUUGUUUCGGAGUGCCUACAGAAAAAAGUGAGCGCAGAUUCGUUCAAUCCAAAGUCUACAUGUAAAGAAUAUUAAAGAAUGCAUCAGUGAUUUGUAUUUCUUGCAACUUUCUGAAGACUUAAUGGCAUGGGAAAGCCUGUGUCUACCACUUUGUGUAGCCAGUUAGCGAUGCCAAAACAGUCAUUUCUAAAGGCUUUCCCAUAAAACUUUCCAAAUUAAAUGUUAACUGCAAAGUAGGCUUACCUGGCAGAAUGAUAUGAUAUCAUGAUUUGUAUUAAUCAGGUGGUCUUUUGUUUUGCAAACUCUGCUAUUGCGCAUGCAGUACAGAAACACCGCCAGCCAAACACCAGUCUAUUGAAGUGUGCAAGCGAAAAUAAAGAGCAACUAUACCCUCCAAAUAUAUAUAUAUAUAUUUUUUUCCAAACCUCAAAAGUGGUCUCCUGAUGUGGUUUAAGCAUUUUUGUGGACUUAGAACAUCAAUUUGUUUAGUUUUUCUAUUUAAAAAAGUGUGAUUUUGAGAGUGAAACCCUGAAAAACACUAGGGGAAAUCAGAAACCUGGAAAAACAAAACAGAAAACUAUUUUUUUGUAGGUUUUGGUGUUAUUAUGGCGAAUAAAUGUAUUGGUUGGUAAGAAUUCUGAGUGGCUGGUAGAUUUUUUCAUCUACCUGGGACAGUGGCUGCUGGACCAAAAAGUUAGUUUUUAUGGCCAUGUCCAUAAACCAAACAUUUGUUUACACCUUGUUCAGUCAUGCUACCUCAUUAGCUAGCUAUCUAAACAUUUGUUUAUACCUUGUUCAGUCAUACUACCUCAUUAGCUAGCUAUCUAAACAUUUGUUUACACCUUGUUCAGUCAUGCUACCUCAUUAGCUAGUUAUCUAAACAUUUGUUUACACCUUAUUCAGUCAUGCUACCUCAUUAGCUAGCUAUCUAAACAUUUGGGGGCACAGAAAGAAAGGAAAAGGGAUAGCUUCUUUAGAAGAUCAAUGAUCAUAGCAAUUAAUUAAUGACUUAUCUCUUGCAUGUCCUCACUCACAUAUUUGAGACAGUGUAGAUUUUUCAAUGUAAUGCAGCUCAAUAGGUAGUGCUUUUACACAAUGUAGAAACCACCUAAUAUUCCACAAAUUACUUUCAAUGACAGGUUGUAUUUACAGGUUUAAAUAUUAGUUUCUAGAGCACAACCAGGCCCCCAGUGUCCGGUCUGGAGUGUAAAGUCAUGAGCUCUGCUAAUCGGCUACUGCGUAGCAACCUAGUGGUCCACGAGCCCUGGUCUGCCCUAGAAAGCCUAUGUUUUGGCCUCUAAAAUGUGUUUGCUAUGAUCAGGUUUGAUUCCAACUAUUAAUUAUUUUAAAGUUUGCUACAAAUCUAGAUAUUUAAUAAAAUAGUGAUCUAUUCUGACUACUACAUUUGUCGUCACACAGGACCACGUGCUGACACAGACCAAUCACGGGCCAGCAGGCUAGGAGGAGGCUCCCGGUUGACUCUCUCAGGCAGGAUGAAAACGACUACAUCGACCAUGAUCCUUUGCUAGUUACGGCCACAUUCACCAUGAUCCUUUGCUAGUUACGGCCACUUUCACCAUGAUCCUUUGCGAUUUUUUUGUGCCAUUCAGCCCCUUUCAGCAAAAUGGCGCGCUUCAAAUUCAAACACUUCCGGCUUCAUGCACGAUCGGGAGUUUUCCAUAGGAAUAGGUGGAUGACAUGCCUAUGAUCACAACAUGUGCUUCAAAAGUAGCUAGAAUUAAUAUAGGCCCAAUAUGCUAUAUCUCAAUCAAUGAAAAAAUAUAUAUCUUCUGGUGCUCCUAGAUUUUAUGUUGUGCUCCUAGCUUUGUUAAAUUGGGCGCGCCAGUGCUACCAAUGUUUUUAUUUAUUUAGAGCCCUGGGUACGGCAGUUGAACUAAGCUAUUGAAGCAUUUAUACGUUAUAUUCUUCAAGAAUAUUGGGAAUAUAUCAUUAAUUUAUAAGUCCAAAAAUGAAUGUAGCAUCUGCCACUUUAAUAGUGAUGCAAUCAGAUUAUUUUGGAUGUAAGCACAAAAUGCAACAGACAUAGAGAGAGAAAGAGAAAAAAUAAAUAAAUUGUUAUCCACAAGAUUAUGCAAUGAAGCAUGCAAUGAAUGUCAUUAAAAAGUUCUGAGUUCUCACACUCCUACUAAAUUAUUAUGGUGUGGUGGUUGCUGAUCAUCUGACCCCUGGGGAGAAAGAUGCAGAUAAAAAGUUCUGCAAAGUUUUUCUAAUGACCCCUGGCCUAAACAUCUGGAUUUCCUGUCUAACUAGUUGUUGUUUUGUUGAAGUUGCUCUUGACAACUAUUACAGAGAUAGUAAAAGACCUAUACCUUGCAAAUAAAAUAAUCCCCCCUACAGUAGCCAAUAGUGUGUUUCUGGUCGGACUAUGAUAAGAGAAACAGUUCAGUCCAGUUCCACAAUCAUACUGGUAUCUUACUGCAGUUAGGUCGAGCCUAACUGGAGCCUGAAGAGGAGUGAUAAGACCCCCAUCACAUAUCAUUAAGUGGAAAGAAGAGUCAUUGUGACAAAGAACAGUUUUAGUUUGAAACAAUUCAUACACCUGUAUUUUACAUAGACCUACAGCUAAGGUAAACCUGUGCACAGGUAACCUGAUAUUUAAACAAGCUGCUACCUGAGCUUUCUACAGUGAAGGUCAUGUGGUUCUGUAUGUAACUGCAACAUGUUAUCACACUGCUCCAGCUCUUACCUUGGCUGAAGUCCCAUCAGAUAUGAGGACCAUCAUAAACUGAGGAGUAGCCUAUAGCGGACAACUGACUUCAAGGACUUAAUUCCCACUCUCCCUAGCUCCUUUUUAUUACAUUGGAAUGAUAUGAAGGACAUAAAAGGCAAUAGAGUUUUCUUUCAGAACACCACGUGAAAACAUGAUGAAAAGACUCAGUUUUAUUGCCCAUACCAUCUUCCACAAAUCUGUGAUCUAGUUAGCAGUUGAAUUGUAUAUUUUGUAAGUACACACAAGCACAGCAAGACAUGUGCCAAGUCCUCAAAGAAUGCCAAUAGUUCAAAGAAUGCAAGCCUGUAUUUCCAAAACACAUAUUUUCAGUGUGGAGUGUGCAGCCUCUGUGCUCUAGCCUGAGAUGAGCUCCACUGAGCACAGUAGGCAAUAUUAUCAUGCAUAUGGGUCCUGCUGCACCGUCUAUGGCCCUGCACAACCCCCUGCCCUGACUGUCAGGAAAUUCCUUUCUGCUGUUGGACAAAGACCAAUUAAGGGAAAGGCCGAGGGGGAAAUGUAUUCUGGCCUACAUAGGAAAUAAUCUACUAAAGUUUUUCAAAACUUAUUAGAAAUAUAUAGGUAACUGCCAAAAUAAAGGAAACACUUGAGUAAAUGAGGGAUACAACGUAUAUUGAAAGCAGGUGCUUCCACACCGGUGUGGUUCCUGAGUUAAUUAAGCAUCCCAUGGUUAGGGUCAUGUUUAAAAAUGCCCAGUUGCCCAUUAUUUUGGCUACCAUGGCUAGAAUAAGAUUUCAAUGACUUUGAAAAAGGGGUCUCAAAGGAGCAUAGGGGGUUUAAAGUGUGUGUGUCUCAGUCUCCAGAACCGAAUCCAAUUGAACACUUAUGGGAGAUUUUGGAGUGACGCCUGAGACAACGUUUACCACCACCAUUAACAAAACACCAAAUUAUGGAAUUUCUCGUGGAAGAAUGGUGUCGCAUCCCUCCAAUAGAGUUCCAGACACUUGUAGAGUCAAUGCCAAGGCGCAUUGAAGCUGUUCUGGCGUGCCCUAUUAAGACACUUUAUGUUGGUGUUUCCUUUAUUUUGGCAGUUACCUGUAGUUUCUUUGAGUACAGUACAUAUCGUAAUCAAUUGGAGUGAUUUUGUCUUUUCUCGACUUGGUAAAGACACAGGAUGUUUUUGUCCUUAAUGUACAUGUUAUGUUAUAUAUAGCUCUAUUCUGGACAAAAUAGGAUUUGGUAGAAUAUGUUCUUACUAGAGAAUACACAGGAAAGAUGACAUCUGAGCUGUGUGUUCCUGUGUCUCUUCUUCUGGCAGAGCUGGAAUGAAUACUGAACAAAAAUAUAAACACAACAUGUAAUGUGUUGGUCCCAUGUUUCAUGAGCUGAAAUAUAAGAUGCAGUUUUGUCACACAACUAAAUGCCACAGAUGUCUCAAGUUUUGAGUAAGCGUGCAAUUGGCAUGCUGACUGCAGGAAUGUCCACCAGAGCUGUUGCCAGAAUAUUGAAUGUUCAUUUCUCUACCAUUUCUCUUCAUUUUAGAGAAUUUGGCAGUACGUCCAACCGGCCUCACAAUCGCAGACCACGUGUAACCAUGCCAGCCCAGGACCGCCACAUCCGGCUUCUUCACCUGCGGGUGAUGAAUGAAACUGUGGGUUUGCACAUCCAAACAAUUUCAGCACAAACUGUCAGAAACCGUUUCAGGGAAGCUCAUUUGCAUGCUUGUCAUCCUCACCAGGGUCUUGACCUGACUGCAGUUCGGCAUCGUAACCGACUUCAUUGGGCAAAUACAGUGCAUUCGGAAAGUUUUCAGACCCCUCAACGUUUUCCACAUUUUGUUAUGUUACAGCCUUUUUCUAAAAUUGAUUAAAUUGUUUUUUUCCCCUCAUCAAUCUACACACAAUACCCCAUAAUGAGAAAGCAAAAACAGGUUUUAGAAAUGUUUGAGGAGUACACCAUAUCAGUCACUGGCUUCAUCAAUAAGUGCAUCGAUGACGUCAUCCCCACAGUGACCAUACGUACAUACCCCAACCAGAAGCCAUGGAUUACAGGCAACAUCCGCACUGAGCUAAAGGGUAGAGCUGCCGCUUUCAAGGAGCGGAACUCUAACCCGGACGCUUAUAAGAAAUCAUGCUCUGCCCUCUGACAAACCAUCAAACAGGCAAAGCUUCAAUACAGGACUAAGAUUGAAUCUUACUACACCGGCUCUGAUGCUCGUCGGAUGUGGCAGGGCUUGCAAACAAUUACAGACUACAAAGGGAACCACAGCUAUGAGCUGCCCAGUGACAUGAGCCUAUCAGACGAGCUAAAUCACUUCUAUGCUUGCUUCGAGGCAAGCAACACUGAGGCAUGCAUGAGACCAUCAGCUGUUCCGGACGACUGUGUGAUCACGCUCUCAGUAGCCGAUGUGAGUAAAACCUUUCAACAGGUCAACAUUCACAAGGCCGCAGGGCCAGACGGAUUACCAGGACGUGUACUCCAAGCAUGUGCUGACCAAUUGGCAAGUGUCUUCACUGACAUUUUCAACCUGUCCCUGACUGAGUCUGUAACAUGUUUCAAGUAGACUGCCAUAGUCCCUGUGCCCAAGAACACUAAGGUAACCUGCCUAAAUGACUACAGACCUGUAGCACUCACGUCUGUAGCCAUGAAGUGCUUUGAAAGGCUGGUCAUGGCUCACAUCAACACCACUAUUUCAGAAACCCUAGACCCACUCCAAUUUGCAUACCGCCCCAACAGAUCCACAGAUGAUGCAAUCUCUAUUGCACUCCACACUGCCCUUUCCCACCUGGACAAAAGGAACACCUACGUGAGAAUGCUGUUCAUUGACUACAGCUCAGCGUUCAAAACCAUAGUGCCCUCAAAGCUCAUCACUAAGCUAAGGACCCUGGGACUAAACACCUCCCUCUGCAACUGGAUCCUGGACUUCCUGACGGGCCUCCCCCAGGUGAUAAGGGUAGGUAACAACACAUCUGCCACGCUGAUCCUCAACACGGGGGCCCCUCAGGGGUGCGUGCUCAGUCCCCUCCUGUACUCCCUGUUCACCCAUGACUGCAUGGCCAGGCACGACACCAACACCAUCAUUAAGUUUUGCCGACGACACAACAGUGGUAGGCCUGAUCACUGACAACGAUGAGACAGCCUAUAGGGAGGAGGUCAGAUACCUGGCUGUGUGGUGCCAGGAUAACAACCUCUCCCUCAACGUGACCAAGACAAAAGAGAUGAUUGUGGACUACAGGAAAAAGAAGAGGACCAAGCACGCCCCCAUUCUCAUCGACGGGGCUUUAAUGGAGCAGGUUGAGAGCUUCAAGUUGUGUCCACAUCACCAACAAACUAUCAUGGUCCAAACACACCAAGACAGUCGUGAAGAGGGCACGACAAAGCCUAUUCCCCCUCAGGAGACCGAAAAGAUUUGGCAUGGGUCCUCAGAUCCUCAAAAAGGUCUACAGCUGCACCAUCGAGAGGAUCCUGACUGGUUACAUCCCUGCCUGGUAUGGCAACUGCUCGGCCUCCGACCGCAAGGCACUACAGAGGGUAGUGCGUACGGCGCAGUAUAUCACUGGGGCCAAGCUUCCUGCCAUCCACGACCUCUAUACCAGGCGGUGUCAGAGGAAGGCCCUAAAAAUUGUCAAAGACUUCAGCCACCCUAGUCAUAGACUUCUCUCUGCUACCCCACGGCAAGCGGUACCGGAGUGCCAAGUCUAUGUCCAAAAGGCUUCUUAACAGUUUCUACCCCCAAGCCAUAAGACUGCUGAACAGCUAAUCAAAUGGCUACCUGGACUAUUUGCAUUGACCCCCCCUCUUUUUAGCUGCUACUCGCUGUUUAUUAUCUAUGCAUAGUCACUUUACCCCUACCUACAUGUACAAAUUACCUCAACUAACCUGUACCCCCGCACAUUGACUCGGUACCGAGUCUAUAUAGCCUCGUUAUUACUUUUUAUUUUAUUUUUGACUUUAGUUUAUUUAGUAAAUAUUUUCUUUACUCUAUUUCUUGAACUGCAUUGUUGGUUAAGGGCUUGUAAGUAAGCAUUUCACGGUAAGGUCUACACCUGUUGUAUUCGGCGCAAGUGACAAAUACAAUUUCAUUUCAUUUGGGUUGGUGGUGGUGGUGGGGGGGUGGCUACGCAGACCAUGCGAGCAACUGCGGCCCCUCAUGAUGAGUUCAGAUUUUUUGUGGUCCCCGCCCUCAGUUGUAGAGCAUGAACCUGCAGGAGCGAGUCACUGCUUUGAUGUUUCCAUCAAAAGCUGUAAGCACCUACACAUUGAUGAAAUGUUGUCUUGUUUGGAGGCAGAGCUCAUUAAAAUAUUAGCCAUUGUGUAGAAUUAUACCCAAAUAUGCAAAGGAGGAUAUUACAUAUUUAUACCUUUGUGUACCUAUUUAGGAUACAUUACCAUGAAGAGAAUGACUUUCAUAUCCAUAAUUAUGAAUUUCUGUGUACUACAGAUCAGGGACAUAUGAUGAAAUUCCGUUACCGCAGACAUAAAAAAAAACUGAGGAAGAUUUUACUGAAAUUCUGUUACCAAACCUUGCAUCUGCACAGUUCUUCCAGAAAUGUAUUUUUGGAAAAUGUUCAGUGUAAAUUGUUAAAAGUAGUCCUUGUGUGAUGCGGGAUUUGAAGGAGUCAGGCGCAGGAGGGUAAAUCACAGUAUACAGAGUUUAUUCCGUAAUCCAGCGUAACCAGUCCAGUGCGCAAAACAGGUGCACGUGAACAAACAUGGCCGACAGGGAAAAUACCCCGGCAAUACAAAAUACUGAGCUCAACCGAGCUACUAAUCCUCACAAUGAACAAUCACCCACAAGGACAAGGGGGCAGAGGGAACACUUAAACACAUACUAAUGAGGGGGAUAUGAACCAGGUGUGUGUAAUAGACAAGACAAGACAAAUGGAAUGAUGAGAUAUGGAGUGGCAGUGGCUAGAAGGCCGGUGACGACGAAUGCCAAAGCCAGCCCGAACAAGGAGGGGAGGCAGCUUCGGAGGAAGUCGUGACAGUACCCCCGCCUUGACGCGCAGCUCCAGCAGCGCGCCGACCCCGGCCUUGGGGACGGCCAGGAGGACACGGAGCAGGGCGAGCCAGAUGGCAACGGUGGAAAUCCCGCAACAGGGAGGGAUCGAGAAUAUCCCUCACCGGGACCCAGCACCGUUCCUCCGGACCGUACCCCUCCCACUCCACGAGGUACUGAAGGCCCCCCAUCUGACGCCUCAAAUCCAGGAUGGAACGGACAGAGUACGCCGGGGCCCCCUCGAUGUCCAGAGGAGGCGGAGGGACCUCCCGCACCUCAGACUCCUGGAGCGGACCAGCCACCACCGGCCUGAGGAGAGACACAUGAAACGAGAGGUUAAUACGGUAAUCAUGGGGGAGUAAUAACCUAUAGGUAACCUCGUUGAUUCUCCUCAGGACUUUGAACAGCCCCACAAACCGCGGGCUCAGCUUCCGGCAGGGCAGGCGGAGGGGCAGAUUCCGGGUCGAGAGCCAGACCCGAUCACCCGGUACGAAGACCGGGGCCUCACUGUGGUGGCGGUCAGCGUUGGCCUUCUGACGACGCACGGAGCGUUGGAGGUGGACGUGGGCAGUGUCCCACGUUUCCUCCGCACGCCGAAACCAGUCAUCCACCACAGGAGCCUCGGUCUGGCUCUGGUGCCACGGUGCCAGAACUGGUUGCUCUGGUGCCAUGGUGCCAGAACCGGUUGGUAACGUAAAACACAUUGGAAUGGCGUUAGGUUAGUGGAGGAGUGAUGGAGAGAGUUCUGGGCAUAUUCGGCCCAUGGCAAGAACACCGACCACUCCCCCGGCCGGUCCUGGCAGUAGGACCGCAGGAACCUACCCACAUCCUGAUUUACCCGUUCCACCUGCCCAUUAGACUCGGGGUGGAAACCAGAGGUCAGGCUGACCGAGACCCCCAGACGUUCCAUGAAUGCCUUCCAGACCUUGGAUGUGAACUGGGGACCUCGGUCAGACACUAUAUCCUCUGGUACCCCGUAGUGCCGGAAGACGUGUGUAAACAGGGCCUCCGCAGUUUGCAGGGCCGUGGGGAGACCGGGCAGAGGAAGCAGGCAGCAGGCCUUGGAAAAGCGGUCCACAACGACCAGGAUGGUGGUGUUACCUUGGGAGAGGGGAAGAUCGGUAAGGAAAUCAACACUCAGGUGAGACCAUGGUCGUUGUGAAACUGGUAAAGGUUGUAACUUACCCGCUGGGAGGUGCCUAGGUGCCUUACUCUGGGCGCACACAGAGCAGGAGGAGACAUACACCCUCACGUCCUUAGCCAAGGUAGGCCACCAGUACUUUCCGGUCAGGCAGCGCACUGUACGACCGAUACCUGGGUGACCAGAGGAGGGUGACUUGUAUGCCCAGUAGAUCAGACGGUCACGGAUAAGAGCAGGCACGUACUGCAGCCCAGCUGGACACUGAGGUGGAGAUAGCUCUGUGCGUAACGCCUGCUCUAUAUCCGCGUCCAUCGCACAUACUACCGGCGCCACAAUGCAGGAGGCUGGGAGUAUGGGGUUGUUGUCUCUGGGCCUCUCCUCUGUGUCAUACAGCCGUGACAAUGCGUCUGCCUUCACGUUCUUCGUACCCGGGAUGUAUGAUAGUGUGAAAUCAAACCGGGUGAAGAAUAGGGCCCACCUGGCCUGGCGAGGAUUCAGCCUCCUCGCUGCCCGGAUGUACUCCAGGUUACGGUGGUCUGUCCAGACAAGGAAAGGGUGUUUCGCCCCUUCGAGCCAAUGCCUCCACAUGGUCAGGGCUCGGACAACAGCCAACAGCUCCCGAUCACCAACGUCGUAGUUCUGCUCCGCCGGGCUGAGCUUCUUAGAGAAGAAGGCACAGGGGCGGAGCUUGGGUGGCGUGCCCGAGCGUUGAGAUAGGACAGCGCUUAUCCCUACCUAGGACGCAUCCACCUCCACUACGAACGGUAGUGAUGGAUCGGGGUGGGCCAGUACCGGGGCUGAGGUGAACAGACCCCUCAGGUUACUGAAGGCCCUGUCAGCCUCAGCAGACCAGCGGAGCCGGGACGGCCCACCCUUCAACAGAGAUGUAAUGGGAGCUGCGACCUUGCUAAAGCCCCGGAUAAACCUCAGAUAGUAAUUGGCGAAGCCAAUAAAGCGCUGAACCUCCUUAACCGUGGUUGGAGUCUGCCAAUUACGCACGGCUGAAAUGCGAUCUCCCUCCAUCUCCACACCUGAGGUAUCCGAGGAAGGAGACGGACUGCUGGAAAAACAGACACUUUUCUGCCAUGGCAUAAAGGUUAUUUUCCAACAGUUGGGCCAGCACUCUGCGAACCAGGGACACAUGCUCGGCGCGCGUAGUGGAAUACACCAGAAUGUCAUCGAUGUAGACCACUAAACCGUGACUAAGCAUGUUCCGAAACACCUCGUUCACAAAGGACUGGAAGACGGAUGGAGCAUUCAUCAAACCGUACGGCAUCACCAGGUAUUCGGAAUGCCCCGUGGUUGUGCUGAAUGCUGUCUUCCACACAUCCCCCUCUCGGACACACACCAGGUGGUACGCACUCUGGAGAUCUAAUUUGGUGAAGAAGCGCGCCCCAUGCAUUGACUCGAUCACUGAAGGAAUGAGGGGGCGAGGAUAACUAAAUCGUAUCCUUGUUCAGUGAUAGAUAAUCAAUGCAAGGGCGCAGACUGACGUCUUUCUUCUUCACAAAAAAUAAACUUGAGGAGGCGGGUGAAGUGGAGGGACAUAUAAACCCCUGGCACAGGGACUCGGUGACGUAUGUUUCCAUAGCCUCCGUUUCAGCCUGUGACAGGGGAUACACAUGAAUCCUGGGAGGCACAGCGUCUACCCGGAAGUUUAUUGCGCAAUCCCCCGCCCGAUGAGGUGGUAACUUGGUCGCCUGCGUUUUGGAAAAUGUGUGCGCCAAAUCGAGGUAUUCGGGGGGGAUGCGCACAGUGGAGGUACUGUCUGGACUUUCCACCGUGGUUGCACCAACGGAAACACCGAGACACCUACCUUGACACUCUCGCGACCACCCCGUGAGAACCCUCUGCGGCCAUGAGAAUGUGGGGUUGUGGCGUGCUAACCAAGGGAUACCUAGUACCACAGGGAAAGCAGGAGACUCAAUAAUGAAAAAACGUGACUUGCUCGCAAUGAGUCUCGUGGGUAACCAUGGUGAUUGGUGCGGUAACUUCCCUAAUAUACCCAGACCCUAAUGGUCGACUGUCAAGUGCUCUGAUGGGGAGUGGAAUGGAUAGGGGAUCCAUUAAAUGCCUAGACUGUGUGAGAAUGCCCUGUCCAUAAAGUUCCCAGCUGUGCCUGAAUUGACUAGCGCCUUACACUGGGGAACUACAAUGUGAUCAGGAAAGUGGAUGGGUAGGGUACAGUGCACAGCAGAGGGCUCUGAACAAGUGUGGGUGAUCGAUACCUGGGGUGAUGUGAGAGUGCCCUGCCUGCCACCUCUAGACCCAAAAGAACGCUGAUGACAUCGUGCGGUGUAAUGUCCCUUCGUGCCACCAGAGUGACACUGGCGCUGUCGUCCUCCGCUCUCUCGGAUCACGGCUCCACCCAGCUCCAUCAGCUCGUGAUCCGAGUCGGCCGGGGUUGGAACGGGCAGAUCCCCUCCAGGACGUCCUCUGGCCGCCAGCAGGUUGUCCAAACGGAUGCCCAUGUCCACCAGUUGCAUGAAGGACAACAUGGUGUCCCGGCAGGCUAGCUCCCUUCGGACGUCCUCCCGCAGAUGGCCCCGGAAGUGGUCGAUAAGGGCCCGCUCGUUCCACCCGGACCCAGUUGCUAGAGUCCACAACUCCAAGGCGAAGUCCUGCGCAGUCCUCGUCCCCUGCCUCAGGUGGACCAGCCGCUCGCCCGCCUCUCGACCUUCGGGUGGGUGAAGACAGCCCGAAAGAGGCGAGCGAACUCCCCGUAGUUGUCCAAUGAGGCUCCUCCUUUGUUCCAGACCGCGUUGGCCCAUUCCAGGGCUUUCCCCGAGAGGCAGGAGACGAGGGCGGACACCUUCUCCCGCUCCAAUGUGGCCGGGCUGAUGCUGGAGAAGUAGAGCUCCAAUUGGAGGAGGAAUCCCUGGCAGAGAGCAGCUGUCCCGUCGAACUCCCGUGGUCGGGAUAUAUGGAUCCCUCUGGGUGCUGGGGUGUGGGUGGCUGGAUCCAGUUGCCCAGCUGGUCUCGACAGAUCGGGUCCUCUCCUCUCCAGGCGUUGGACGACCUGGAGAACCCGAUCCAUCGCUUCUCCCAAGCUGGCUAGCAUUGUUGAAUGCUCCUGGACCCGUGCCACGACUCCAGGCAUGCGCUCCUCUCCCGCUGACUCCAUAGUGGGUGGGUGAUUCUGUGAUACGUGAUUUGAAGGAGUCAGGAACAGGAGGGUAAAUCACAGUAUACAGAGUUUAUUCCGGAAUCCAGCGUAACCAGUCCAGUGCGCAAAACAGGCGCACUGGAACAAACAUGCACACAGGGAAAAUACCCCGGCAAUACAAAAUACUGAGCUCAACCGAGCUACUAAUCCUCACAAUGAACAAUCACCCACAAGGACAAGGGGGCAGAGGGAACACUUAAACACGUACUAAUGAGGGGAAUAUGAACCAGGUGUGUGUAAUUGACAAGACAAGACAAAUGGAAUGAUGAGAUAUGGAGCGGCAGUGGCUAGAAGGCCGUUGACGACGAACGCCGAAGCCAGCCCGAACAAGGAGGGGAGGCAGCUUCGGAGGAAGUCGUAACACCUUGUGCAUAGAGUUAGACUAUGGUUUGUUAAACUUUGAAAUCAAUGGUUUUUGUUUGGCAUACAUUUUAAGUGAAAAAUCUGAGUCUCGUCGCAAUUCCGUUAGUGUGGAAUUGCCCAUGACAGCUUUCUGUUUUAUCCUUGCAGAAUUGGGUCUUCUGAGAUAAUAAAUUGUAAAGAUGACAGCUCUGAUCCUUGUGUUUUUCUGUCUCCUCUCCGGACUCCUGCAGAGCUGGGUCUUCUGAUGAAGUGCAUAAUGUGUAUAUGUUUAAAUAGUAAAGAUCACGGCUCUGUGCUUUAUCUUCCACUGUGUCUCCUCUCCUUGCAGAGCUGGGUCUUCUGAUGAAGUCAUGCAUCGACCAGGGUCAGCUGGUACCUGAUGAUGUCAUCUCCCGUCUCAUCCUGACAGAGAUGAGGAACAUAGACCAGAGCAGCUGGCUGCUGGAUGGUAAGCAGUAA